UUGCGAACAGAGCUGUUCGAUUCGAUAGGCUUUCGAUCAAGUUUGGCUCUUCUCUUGGAUUAGCCAUGGAUUAGAGGGCCUUCCUUCUCUACAUUCGUAAUUGGUCGCGCGUUUCCCGCGCCUAGCGUCGACAGGCUCGUCGGAUCGGCACCACAUCCACAUCCACCGACCAUCGACCGUUAUCCGCGCGCAGCGGCACCGCAUACGCCAGGGAGUGGAAGCGACACCACCAAUACACAGCCAGACGUGUGCGCGCUGCGUUGCGACCAUUGGUCUACAAUUUGUCGACCAAUCAUUGGGAAACCGACGAAAAUAUCCCGACCAGAAUGGAGCAACUCACGACCGCAGAUGGACAAGUUGUUAUGCAAGCAGUCACACCACAGCAGGUGCAAGUCAUGCAAAUGCAAGGUGGACAGAUGAUACAAGGAGCGAAUGGGCAACAGAUUAUGGUCCAUGGAUUGCCUCAGAAUGGACAGAUUCAAGUUGCUCAAGGUGCUAAUGGUCUGCAACAAAUUCAAGUGCUCCCAGUGUCAAGCCUGCAAGGGCAAGGGCAAAUUUUAUUACAACAACCAUCACAACAAGCACAAAUUGUACAAACUGCCGAUGGACAAACAUUUAUCUACCAACCAGUUGCAUUAGAUAAUGGUAUUCAACAGGCACAACCUACAGUUUUAAAUAUCAAUGGAAACUUGGUGCAACUCCAAGCACCCCAGCCUACAGCAUCAACUGCAACUGUCACUCAACAAUCUCCAGUAGCAAGUCCAGCAACGCCCACGGUGGUUCAACAUGUAGCAGGAGGACUUCCUGCGAUGGCUAACGGCAACAUAGUGAUGGUGAGAAAUUCCACCGACAUGGUGCCGAGUACAAGCGCUGCAGCAGCUUCGCGUGUUCCAAUUACCGGUAAUGAAGUUCUGGAGGAAGAACCAUUGUAUGUAAAUGCAAAACAGUAUCGACGUAUUCUCAAGCGACGGCAGGCGAGGGCAAAACUGGAGGCAGAAGGGAAAAUUCCAAAGGAAAGACCUAAAUAUCUGCACGAAUCGCGACAUCGUCAUGCAAUGAACCGAAUUCGCGGUGAAGGUGGCAGAUUCCACUCUGGUAGUGUGAAGAAAAUGAAGCGUGAGAUGGAGGAACAAGAACGUCAUCAUCAGCAACAGCAACAUCAACAACAGAAUCAACAGCGAUCGAUUAAUCCGUAUUUAGCGGACGCUAUAAUUAUUGAAUCAGUAAUGCCGGAAUCGAUAAAAUCGGAUCCAAUGAUGUAAUGCGAUUAUUUGUAAAUAUUUUGUACAUAUUGAUCAUUUGUAAAUAUGCUAAUAUUAGGAGUGAAAAUCUUCAUGAAGGUGUUCUACAAUACAUACUAUUAAACAAUUUUUUUAUAAAAUUUAGGCUAGCCUUAGAUGAUCGCACAAGCAUUAAUAGUAUUUUAUUAACACGAUAAUAUUGUGAAAAUAAAUAAACGUAUUUAUACUAUUCCUCGGUAA